AUGAAAAAGGAGUUAAAGUUGCUUAUAUACGCCAACUUUAUGUUGGUGGUGUUUAUCCUGUACUAUACGUUUGAUCUGCUGAUGUUGUGUAUAGAUGAUACUUUCCAAGAUGCGCUGUUGGACUUUGAGCUGAAUCCACCUAGAGACAGGGUCACUGGUCUAGAAGUGCACGAUGGGAAACCUGAGUUGAUUCCAAAGAUUAUCCACCAGACUUACAAAACAGAGGAUAUACCCGAGCAAUGGAAAGAAUCACAGAAGAAAUGUAUAGACCUGCAUCCAGAUUAUGAGUAUAUCCUGUGGACAGAUGAGAUGGCUCUAAAAUUCAUCAAGGAGGAGUACGCUUGGUUCCUUGACACAUUUGAGAACUACAAGUAUCCUAUACAGCGUGCCGAUGCCAUCAGAUACUUCAUAUUGUCACACUACGGUGGUAUAUACAUUGACCUGGAUGACGGUUGUGAAAGAAGGCUCGACCCACUAUUGAAAGUGCCCGCGUUUGUUAGAAAGACCUCGCCGUUGGGUGUCUCGAAUAAUGUGAUGGGCUCUGUCCCUAGACAUCCUUUCUAUUUGAAAUUGCUCAACUCUUUAAAACAUUACGACAAGUACUGGUUUAUACCAUACCUGACCAUCAUGGGCUCAACUGGCCCACUUUUCGUAAGUGUCAUAUGGAAACAGUACAAGAGAUGGGGUGUGCCCGAGAACGGUGUGGUGAGGAUAAUGCAACCAGCAGACUAUAAGAAGCACACAUACUCAUUCUUUUCUAUCUCAAAGGGUUCUUCAUGGCAUAUGGAUGACGCAGUUUUCAUGAAAUCUCUGGAGAACCAUAUAUUGUCAUGUGUUGUUGCUGGCUUCAUUGUUGGGUUCAUCAUCCUGUAUGGUGAAUAUGUUUUCUACUGUUGGUUAUGUGCCUCUUGGUUGGGUUCCUCGAAUGAUCCAGAAGCAGAAAGUCAAGAUGAUGAAGACGAUUUCAUUUACAACAAAGGAAGUCAAUAUUACCAGCAAGGUCACGGCUCAAUCUUUUUGGGCACAAGUAUUAGCCCUUUGAGAAAACUAAAUAAAAGUCUAUUCUCAACAUUAUACACAAAGCUGGUACCGUCAUCGUCAUCUUCUUCGGCAUCGGCCUGUUCAGUUUCAGAGAAAUACUCUACUCCGAAACUAAGCAGAUCAGUAGCUGAGUACUAUUCCUUAAGAAAGGAGAACAGUGUACAUUUUAACAGCCCCACGCCUAAGGGUAAAAGAAGUCGUAAGGACUCUAACGUCCGUUUUACCAAUUUCCUGCUUUCCGACAUAGAGAAACUUGAUCCUAAUGUGGAGGACCUAACGAAUUAG